AUAGGCUUUUUUGAGUUUGGGCAAGGACACAGGGGCCCCAUGAUCCCCUAUUGCCUGGGGGCCCCAUGAGUUGUCAGUCCGCCCCUGGUUGUGAGAUAUACUAUCAUAGACCCACCACCAAAACGGUCAUGCUGAACGAUGUUACAGGCAGCAUAAUUUUCUCCACAACUUCUCCAGACCCUUUCACGUCUGUCACAUGUGCUUAUGGUGAACCUGCUCACAUCAGUGAAAAGCACAUGGUACCA